GUGGCGGAAGAACAUGGAACGUUGGCAGAAUCGUGUGGCAGUGAUAAGUGGCGCCAGCUCGGGCAUUGGGGCCGCCUGUGCCCGUCUACUGGUGGCCGCUGGACUGCAGGUGGUGGCUCUGGCCCGGCGCACCGAUCGGCUGGAGCAGCUGCGCCAAUCGCUGCCGCAGGAGCAGCAGAAGCUCUUCCAUCAGCGGACGUGCGACGUCUCGCAGGAGUCGCAGGUGAAUGGCACCUUCGAGUGGAUCGAACGGGAGCUGGGGGGCAUCGAUGUGCUGAUCAACAAUGCGGGCAUUGUCCUGGGCGGCCAGCUGAUCGAUAUGCCCACCCAGGAGAUCGGCAAUGUCCUGCAAACGAAUCUCAUGGGCAGCAUCUACUGCACGAAACUGGCCGCUGGCAGCAUGCGGCGCCGCCAGGUCCCAGGACAUUUGUUCUUUGUGAACAGCACCGCCGGUUUGGCCGGCUACAAGCCGGAUCCGGCCGAUGAGAGCCUCAAUGCGUACACCCCCAGCAAAUUCGCCCUCACGGCGGUCCACGAGAUAUGUAGACAGGAGCUCAUAGCACAAGGAUCUAGGAUCAAGACAACGAGCAUCAAUCCCGGUUGGGUGGCCACCGAAAUCGUGCCAGACGAAACCAAAGAAAAGCUGGGCGAUGUGAUACUCCAGGCGGACGAUGUGGCCCAGGCAGUGCUCUAUGCCCUCUCCACGCCGCCCCAUGCCCAGGUGGAGCAGAUAACGCUGCGAGCCGUUGGCGAAUACUUUUGAUAAGAGAGCACCCCACCGCCCCCCCCUCCAGAUAACAGAUUAAACAAAGCCCCACACCACCCCGUAGUGGCUGUAAGCACUGUAAUCGACACUCAUUGGCAAUCAAAUGAGAGAGAGCAAUGAGAGGGGGAAACGACCUCAGAUACAGAUACAGAUACAGAUACAGACAUUCAAGUGGGAAGGUGUUUUCCACACUUCCUAUCUCUCUCGCUCUCUCUCUCUCUCUCUCUCUCUCUCUCUCUUUCGUGUUCCAUUUCGUAUUACUUUUAUUUUUAUUGUAACUGUUAUGAUUAUUCGACUGUUGUCGACCUGUUCUUUCGGUUAGUCAACAAUUCUGUGGCCCAAUCAAUAAAUCAGUUUUAAUAAUUUAAUAAACGAA